UGUUAUACGUCUGAUAUAGUUGAUGCUAUUCUGAACAUAAAAUCAAUCUAUGGCUUGAAGAGAAACUGGGGAGGAGAUCCUUGUGUUCCUCAAAAAUUCUUGUGGGAAGGAUUUAAAUUGCAGCAACGAUGAUACUAAUCCACCAAAAAUCAUAUCUUUGUAAGUCUUGCAUCGCAUGCGCCCUUAAUAAGGGCCAACCUACCAAGAUUUUCGUUCAAUUUAUUUUUUUACUCUUUCCGAUUAUCGUUAAAUGGCAAAACAUUGGGCCAUGAAAUCAGGAAUUUGUCAUCCAGCAAUUUGAAUGGAAAGGUACCUCCAGCUGUAGCCAGUCUCUCUCAAUUACAGCAUCUGUAAAUGUCUCCACUCUCCAUGUUCAUGUGUCAAUUCUGGGUACUCCUAUUUAUGGCGAUGAAGAAAUUUCUUAAAGCUCACUUAUUGCUAUAUAUUAUCGGGGACUGAUCAGACAACAGUUUGACUGCACCAGUGCCUAAAUUUCUCGCUAACCUGCAACUCUUGACUGUGCUAAAUUUGAGUAGAAACAUGUUUAAUGGUUCAAUUCCAGCAGAACUCAUGGAAAGGGCAAACCAGGUUUCAUCAUCGGAUCAGAAGACUGAUGUGGUGGAUUCCAGAAAAACAAACCAGUUGCAGGGUUCAUCAAAGAACCGGCAGUUCACUCAUGCUCAGCUCAAAAGGAUGACAAACAAUUUUGGAAGGGUUGUUGGUAAAGGAGGAUUCGGAACACUUUACCACGGCUAUGAUGAAACUCAAGUAGCAGUCAAAAUGCUUUCUCCAUCACCAGUUCAAGGGUAUAAGCAGUUUCAAGCAGAGGUGGAACUUCUUUUCAGAGUUCAUCAUAGAAAUUUGGCGACAAUUGUAGGGUAUUGUGAUGAUGGCAGCAACAUGGGACUCAUAUACGAGUUCAUGGCCAAAGGAAACUUAGCCGAGUAUCUCAAAGAUAGCAGCCGUGGUGUUUUGAAUUGGAAAGGUAGACUUGGCAUAGCCCUAGAAGCAGCACACAAGGAUAGCUUCGGGGUCGCUCUGUUGGAGAUAAUCACGAACCGACCAGUGACCACAAAAACUUAUAAUCAGGCUACACACAUAAGCCAAUGGGUUAGAUUGAUGUUAUCCAAUGGUGAUAUGGAAGCCAUUGCUGAUUCAAGAACGCAAGGAGACUUUGAGAUUGCCUCAAUGAAAAAAGAAGUUGAAGUGGCAAUGGCUUGUGUAUCUUCAACUUCCACGAAAAGGCCAACUAUGAAUGACGUUGUCAUAGAAUUGAACAGGUGUUUGUCAGCCGAAAUCGACAGGAAUUAUAGUCCAAAUAUGGAUGAUGAUCAACGCCAAAACUCAUCCCCGUCACUGGAGUCAAAGAAUAGGCGGUUCACGUUUGCUGAGGUGCAGAGAAUGACUAACAACUUGGAAAGAAUUCUCGGGAAAAGAGGAUUCGGUACCGUUUUCAGUGGAUACUUGGAUGACACUCAAGCAGCAGUAAAAAUGCCAUCUCAUUCAUCAGUUCAAGGUUAUAAGCAGAGGUAUAUAUGA